CCUGUGUGUAUGCCUACUGUGAAAUUACCACAUCAAAAACGUGACGUGCUAACAUGGAUGCAGCUAUGAAGCCGCCGGGUUUGCUUCAGGGAAAAUUUAUUUUUAAGAAGCUUCCCAAUGGAAACCUCGACAAAACUAAGGUUGUUUGCACCUUGUGCAAUGCAGAAUUAGUUUACUGUAGAAGUUCUUCCAGUCUCAAGUACCACCUAAACGCAAAGCAUCCCUUAGCUAACGUGGAAGAUGCCGGGCCAAGCACUGAUGUAGCGCAGAAGAGUCGUCGCCAAACUACUAUGUUUGAGUACAACCGAGGCAAGCCCGUCAGCACAGCUCUAUCAGACAAGCUAACUAAUCUCCUCGCUCAGUGGAUUGCCACCAGCUGCCGGCCAAUCAGCGUGAUUGAAGAUGAUGGACUCGAGCUUGUUCUCCAGGCGGCCACAGGUGACCCAUCUUACAAACUACCUGCGAGGCGAACUAUCAUAAGGAGAAUACAUGACCAGUACGCCGCAGAGAAAUCCGCAAAAGAUGAGAAGAUGGUAGAGGCAAGGUGUGUAGCACUGACUGGGGACCAUUGGACAUCUGUCAACAACGAUAACUACCUCUGCGUUACUGUACACCUCAUCGAUGCCAGCUGGGAACUUCACUCCUUCGCUUUAGGUGUGAUGAAAACAGAGGAGCGUCACUUUGCAGAAGCGUGUGCCUAGGCAGUUUCUCGCGCGUGAGACGCAACAGAGAUGCACUGCACACAAUGCUGUCUCAGCAGAAGCACAAUCUGGCCCUCCCAACAAAUGCAGAAUAUGAGAAGUUGGCAAAGCUAGAGAAACUGCUGGAGCCAUGCAGGUACAUCACUGAGCUCCUUGGUGGGGAUAAGUAUAUAUCCUGCUCUGUGGUUCUACCUGCCCUGUGCCACCUCCAGCACGCGAUGAAGAUCUCAGAUGAUGAUCCUGCUUAUAUUGUGCGAUUCAAGGCUGCCUUCACCAAGGACCUCAAUCAGCGGAGGGAGAAUAUAAACCUGGAAUGGCUUAAGGUAUGUCAGACUGACCAGAAGAUAACUGCAUUGUUUGACCAUUAUAGACUGUUAAGCCAGUAGAUCGGUCAAUGAAUAGAUGAAGUGAAAUUUUCAUCAAUCAAUAAUUAUUAUUUUUUAUUCAUCAAAGGUGGCGACUGCUCUAGAUCCACGAUUUAAGGACCUCAAGUGCUUGCCCAGAGCAGAGAGGGAGCCAGUGUGGGCAAAGCUAAGUGAGUUGGUGAAGGGAGAAGAACCUGCUCUGCAGCCACUCGGGGAGGAGAAUCCUGAGCCACCCAAGAAGAAAACAGCCCUGCUACUGAUAGGAUCAGACUCAGAAUCAGAUGAUGAGACACCAGAAGACAAUACUGUGGAGAGGUACAAGGUAGAGCCCAGUGCCAGUCUAGAUCAGUGUCCACUGAAGUGGUGGUCGGAGCACACUGCUGUCUAUGGUAAGAUGGCCCACAUUGCCCGUAAAUACUUGGGGACUCCUGCCACAACUGUCCCAUGCGAGAGACUUUUUUCUUUAGCAGGCCAUAUUGUGCAGAAGAGGAGAUCUAGUUUGUCACCAGAAAAUGUGAACAAGCUGGUUUGCCUGAGUGACUGGUGGAAGAAGGAGAAAUAGAGCUUGGACUGAUUGACACAAAGUUACUGACUGUAAACGGUUCAUCACAACCUCUUAUGUAGGCCUACAGUUCAAAAUUCAUGUUUAACUGAAUAAACAGUUGGUAAACACAAGUACAUCUUAUUGAACAUAAUUUAUUUUCAUCAUAUUCCGAAUGCCUUCGGCAGAAUUCAAAUGAGCCAUUUUAAUCUAGAUUAAUCUAGAUUAAAAAAAUUAAUCUAUGCCCACCUCUACUUGUAAUAUUUUCAACUUUAUAAAUAAACAAGUUAUUUGAUGUUUAAUGUUUGAAAUAGUUGUAAAAAAAUUAAAAUGGAGAUUCAGUGAAAAAGUGUUAAACACUUUUUCU